AUGUCCGGCUCGGUUUCGUUGGGUUUCACGUUGCCGUUUCGGCGGCUGACGCGUUGCCACCGCCUUCACCGGCCCGGGGCGCCAAGUGAAGUUCGGCCAUCGGCGGGUGAGCACGCGUUCCACAUUACGUCGCGUGCUCCGGCAAGCACCGGCCCCAAGAUCGUUACGGGCGCGGCGAAGGAGGGACCUCAAGUACUGCCCAAAAAAGCAGGCAGGGAGAAAUGGGGGUCGGCAGCCCCUGAGCCGCUUCCUCCCCGGCCCGCCGUUGCUCCUGCCCUUCGCGCCAGCAGCAAAAAGGCUGCCUCGAAGACGCAGACGACAGCAGGAAAAAAGGUGGCCCAGCCUGCUCCGAAGGUAUCUGAGCGUGCGGAAUGGGGAAUCUUCCACAGGCAAUCGGUCCCCUACCCCCCGAGGGUCGAGAGGAAGCCGAGGCAGGCCGUCAUCAGGACUUCCUUGAAGCAUCUACCGGCGCCGCGAUGGAGGCCCGAUAACCUUCCGGCCAAGGAAAGGGCUGGCCCAUGGGGCUUUUUUCACGCUCUACGGGAACCUGCAUCUUCAGGGGGCCCUCCAGUAGCCGACUCAUCCGUCGUGAGCGCCGCCGAAACUGACGAGCCGGCAGCAAACGGAUUGCAGCCGACAACAGACGCGUUGCAGCCGAUAGCAGGCGACGUGCUGGAACCUCCCUCAGGAAAGCCUCCAUCUGUCGAGACAGCACCGCCGUCAGAGAACCGCAGCAUGUCUGCAAAAUCGUUGAACAGGCUAAAGAAAAGGGCGUUGAGGAAGGAGAAGAGGAGGGCUUUACGUCAACAAGAGCUUCGCUCUGUCAAGUUCAAGAGACCAAAGGCGUAUUGGAAGCCAUGUACCGCCAAUCAUGACCGACAACCCAUCGAUUUAACGGGGAAACCAAUCGUACAGGAAGAGAUUGCGAGACUUUAUCGACCACGGAACUCCUGGCCGAUUGGCGACGCGUAUUGGAUGGAACUGCUUCUCAACAACACGGACACGCUAUCAAGACUCUCAGGAGACUGUUCCGUCUGUCUACGACACAGUGACCGAAGGACUGUCCAUCACGUGGUGCCAAAAAGCGUGGCACAUCUUUACCCUCACGACAUGAGGGACGAGGUCAUGGCGCUUUGCCAGCCAUGCCAUAAAGUGCUGCACGGGCUUUUCUCCCACAGAAAGCUUGCUGACGACUUCACGUGGAGUGGCGCGAUUGUGAGAAACAACCUAUUCAAAAUGUGGCUGGCCUUUGCGGAGCGUUUUUCUACAGAAGAACUGCAUCAUCUCCUGGCAGCCCCCGCCCCGCACAACAUAAAGGGAUUCCGAAAGACUGGAGCGCCACUGGAAGUGAUCUUGGCCAUGCUCGACAAGAUCCUCGCCAGAAUGUGGUAUGAGCGGGAGCUUCCCGGCGACGAUGAGUGUGGCGGUGACCGACGUCGUGCAUUGCGAAAGGCGUUACGGAAAGCAGGCGCCCCGGCGACUACCGUCGGGUAUGAGAUCAAACUUGCGCUGAGCAGCCGACCUGAAUGGGCGGACUGGUACAGACAUGUUUUCAUGUCUGGGGAUCGCAAGGAACAAAUAGCAAGAUUCUCCCAGAACAAACGGCCUCUGAAAGAAUCUCAAAGCAAGAUUCCUUUGAGAAAAACGGGCUUUGAAGGAUCACAAGGAAAGAUUCUUCCGAGAAGAAAGGUUACCACGAGGUUCAGGGAGCACAAGAUCUCGCACCGUAGCAAACCCAAGUACCACCACAGCGAAUUCGAGUCCAGGUUCAAGCCGUGA